AUGACUAAAUUUUUUAUAGAUUAUGUUCGUUCAAGUACAACGAUAAGUGACUUUGUGUAUCAAUAUGAGCAAGCUUUGAAUGCACGUUAUCUUAAAGAGAAAGAACAGGAUAUAAAGACAAAAAAUUCAGUACCAAUUUUGAAAACAUGUUAUAAGAUGGAAGUAGAGGCGGCAAAAGUUUAUACAAGAAAGAUGUUUAUGAAAUUUCAAGAAGAGUUAUUUUGUAGUAAAAAAUACAAGGCAUUCAAAUAUUGUGAAGAAGGAGUGAAGAAGAUAUAUAAGGUGGUAGCUCACGGGAAAGAAAGUCCAUUUUAUGAAGUGUCACUGGAUACUGUUGAGACAAAAGCUAUUUGUACAUGCCAUAUGUUUGAGUUUGUUGGAAUUAUUUGUAGGCAUAUUCUUGCUGUUUUUGUGAAGAAAUCUCUUGUGCACUUUUUUCCAUCACAUUAUAUUUUAGAGAGAUGGACAAUAAAUGCCAAGAAGCGCAUUGUACAUGAAAUAUCUGGAGAUGUCGUACAGGUUGAGCCACAAAUUUCUUCUACCUUGAUGAGAAAUAGUUUGAUGCUUCAAUUUUUGGAAGUUGCAGAGGCAGCAUCACAGUCAGAGAAUAAAUACAAGCAUCUUGGACAAACUUUACAAAAGGUUCAUGAGGAGCUUCUAGGCAUGCAAGAUGUUUGUGAUGUUGAUGAUUCAGGAAGUCUUGAUAAUACUACAUUAAACAAUCAAGUAUUAUCAAAUCUUCCAAUUGCUUUGCGAGACCCUCCACAUGUUCCUUCAAAGGGAAGGCCUAAAGCUUUGAGACAAAAGCAUCCAAGAGAAAAACAAUUGACGAAGAAGAGAAAGUGUAGCAUUUGCAAAGAAACAGGUCAUAUGAGAAGCAAUUGUCCGUCACAUAAGCAUUAUGGGUAA